GGAAGAAAGGGCUAAAGGUCGAUCUGAAAUAAUCCAGCUGGAAAAGCCUUUAGGAAGGUGCUGAUCGGGCGUGAGUCAGCAUUUCGUCCUGAGCAAGGGAGUGAGCGUGCUGCCUUGUUCCGAGGAGAGAAGGAUCCUCAUUUUUGGUUCAGGCCUCGUCUUGACUGCUUGACUCUUCGGCAUGCCUGGAAAAUAUACAAUCAUCUACUUCCCUGUCCGCGGACGCUGUGAGGCCAUGCGGAUGCUGCUGGCUGACCAGGGGCAGGAUUGGACAGAGGAUGUGGUGACUGGGGAGAUAUGGAAGACAGGAGACCUCAAGAAAUCAUGUGUCUUUGGGCAGCUGCCUAGAUUUCAGGAUGGAGGCUUCAUACUACACCAGUCGAAUGCUAUUCUACGCCACUUGGCUCGGAACCACGGACUGUAUGGCCAAGAUGCACAGGAAGCAGCACUGCUGGACAUGGUGAAUGAUGGCGUGGAGGACCUGCGUUUGAAGUAUGUUCGACUCAUCUAUCAGAACUAUGAGGAUGGCAAAGCUGCCUAUACUGAGGCCUUGCCAGGGGAGCUGCGUCCUUUUGAGAAUCUCCUGGCUCAGAAUAAUGGUGGAAAGGACUUCAUUGUAGGCAAAAAGAUCUCCUUUGCGGACUAUAAUUUGCUGGACUUACUUCACAUACACCUGGUCUUGGCUCCUGACUGCCUGGCUUCCUUUCCUAUGCUGGCUGGCUAUGUGCAGCGGCUCAACGCCAGACCCCAUCUCAAGACUUACCUGGAGUCUGAUGCCCGCAAAAAGCUCCCGAUCAAUGGGAAUGGCAAGCAGUGAGAAGAAGCCCUUUGCCAGGGUGUAGUGGCUUCUGGUACCUGUAGUUUUGUAUCCUCCUGUGUUGAAUAUAGCUCAUUUGAAGAUGAA